AUGUGACCGACUUCAACAUGGACUGUGGCGGCUUCCGUAGGAGUGUGAGCGGUUGGAGUGUGACGCAGAGGCGCUGAACGGGGAGAGCUUUUCCACUGUCAAGAUGGCGACAUCGGAACCGAAAGCAGCUGAAACUGAAGAUCAACAGACUGACAGCCAAGUUGUUGCAAAUCCUGAACAGUAUAUCAAGCACCCCUUGCAAAACAGAUGGGCCCUGUGGUAUUUCAAAAACGACAAGAGCAAAACCUGGGAAGAGAAUUUGCGUCUCAUUGCAAAGUUUGACACAGUGGAAGACUUUUGGGCAUUAUACAACCACAUACAGCAACCAAGCAAACUUGUGUUUGGCUGCGAUUAUUCCUUAUUUAAGGAUGGGAUCAAGCCGAUGUGGGAGGACGAAAGGAACAAGCUGGGGGGUCGAUGGCUGAUGACUCUAAAUAAACAACAGAGACACAAUGACCUUGACCGCUACUGGAUGGAGACGCUCUUGUGUUUAGUUGGUGAGUCAUUUGAUGAGGCAAGUGAUGAUGUAUGUGGUGCCGUGGUCAACGUCAGACAUAAAGGUGACAAAAUAGCCAUCUGGACAGGCAACUGCCAAAACAGGGACGCCAUCAUGACGAUAGGGCAGCUUUAUAAAGAGCGUCUGAACCUCCCCAUGAAAGCCAUGAUUGGCUACCAGUCACAUGAAGACACGUCCAGCAAGAGUGGCUCCACCACCAAGAACAUGUACUCUGUUUGAACCCUCUCCCACAUUUCAAAUUGCUGUAGAUUUAAACAAUUACCAAACUGCAUUAUCACAUUAAUGAUUUUUGAGUUGUCAGCUACUGUAGUGUCCUUUCCUUUUAUUGAAAAGAGAGCUGUUAAUUGUGUGUAUAGUCAGAGCUUCCUUCAAAUCAGUGGAGUGAUAGUUAUGGAUAGAGAGGAGGCCGGAAAGGAGAAGAAUAUUUGGCUGAAGAUGUGUGUCAUAUGUGAGCAGGAGAACACAAAUAAUUUCCUUUUAGAGUUGAAGAGCUCUUGGAUUAAUACCAGUGACCUGCCCAGCUUAGCUGAGAAUGAGCUUUUUUUUCAGUAUCUAAUGGCUUUGAGUUGCUAAAAAAAAAUAAAAAAAAUAAAAAAAAAUAAAAUAAUCCUUUCUUAACUAGAAAGGCCAUGCUGAGUUCUCACUCUUUACGAAAAGUAUUUCUCACCUCACAGGAGAUAAUAGUAGGCAACUGGUCCUUUCUGAGAACAAAUUUUAUCUUGAUCUAGAAGUGUUCAGCAUGAGUUUCAGACUCACCAGCCUGAAAAAUCUACAGUAUCUUAAUAUGUUUCUAAAAGUUGUGGUCAUGCUCCAAAGUUAUAGGGUUUGGAUUUAAGGCCACUUAUUGUUUCAGCCAUGCUGGAAUUGUGGAAUAUUGCUUGUAGUACUUUCUGAAUUGUUUUCUUCCCCUUACAUUUAUUUAUAAUGUAUGCAUCACAGUUGAACUUAGUUGAAACACAACCAUGAAAGUCAUGUAUUUUCAAAUAGUUUAGCUUUUUGUUAUUAAAGUCAAUAAUGUGGACUACUGCAUAAAGAUUACAUUUUUUACAGUGUACAAUACAGUAAAGAUGCUGAGAUAAUUAGA